AUGGCUUCUCCACCUCCAUAUACAUCAUCUCAGAAAGAAAAUGGUGACAAAGCAGAGCCAUUGAACGUAUUAGUAUUUGGACCCACCGGUGCCGGAAAAUCCACGAUAAUCAAUCUUCUCACCGAUAACUCGGCCAACCUAGCAAUCGGAGAGGGGCUCAAAUCCUGCACGGAGAGGAUGAGCAGGGCCACCCUUCCUCGGAUUCACAAAGGACGGAAAUUCACAUUUUUCGAUACACCAGGGUUCGAUGAUACGAAAAUGGCCCCAGCACAGCAACUCUUGAAAUUAGCCCAUGGGCUAGACAAGCUAAAUACAGAACAUAGCAGAAAGCCACACAUACACGGAGUCAUCUACGUGCAUCGUAUUACGGACAACAGAAUGAAAGGAUCGGCAGUUGACGCUAUACGUGUGUUUGAAAAACUCAUUGGCGAAGAUAUGUUUGACCAUGUGGUAAUUCUAACCAACAUGUGGGAUAACCCUCCCGACGAAGCCCACAAGCGCUACGAAGACGAACUCGCGAAGGAAGAAGAGUUCUUCGGGAAACUCAUAAAUGCAGGGGCGAAUGCUGGAGGUCGCUAUAGGAUCGUGAAGGGAUCCACUGCUGAACAAGCACAAUCGGCGCUACUCGAUGUAUUCGUGAAGCGCCCAUCCAAAAUCGCUCAGAUUCAAACUGAAAUGCAAAAGCACGGUGUUAAAUUGGGGAGUACCUCAGCAGGCCGGGCGGUACGCAACACAGUAUCUUCAAUGCGUAAAGAUCUCGAGGACGAGUUGAAAGAUCUUCGAGAAUACUACUCUGAAUUUCCCAGCAAGGAUCCGAUAGAGCAAGAUCGGAUGAAUCAAGCGAUCCAAGACCUUGAAACCAAGUUGGCUGCGCUAUUUAUACAAGAAAAGCUACUAGAAUUGAGCAAGAGUUGGAUGAUUUGGGUGAUUUGGACAGCUGCGACGACCGGGGCAGCUAUGGCCGAAGUAGUCGGAAUGAUAUCUAUCAGUGCCUGCUCCGGAGCUUGCGUUGUAGGAGCGGCGGCACCGGCGAUAGGCGCUUUAACAGUGGCAGGAGCAACGUUGGUUUAUGGAGGGAUCAAGAGCUUCUCCAAGUGGAUAUGGAACGCCUAG